UUUAAAUUGUUGGUCUCCUUUCACUUCCUUCUUCUUUAAUUAACAUAUCAAACAACUUUGAAAGGAUACCUCAACAUCGGUCUUAAUUAAAAAUCCCUAGUGUUUUCUCACUCUCUAUCUCUAAUCCAACUUUAGUCAUUCCCUAUCUAUUUUAACUAUAGUCACUCCUUUAAUACUAUAAAUUCCAACUACUUUUACAUUCCUUUACCAAAUAACUCCAUUAUAAUUUUAUACCAAAAAAUGCAAUUCUCAAAAUUCCUUUUAUUUACUGUUGCUUCAAGUUUAGUUUCUCAAGCCAUUGCUUUCCCAUCCUUUGCGGCCAAGAGAGAUGAUGACGAUGACGUUGUUAUCGUCACUCUUCAAACUACUGUCAAUGAUGUUACUACUAAUUUCCAUACAGUUAAUGCUCCAACUUCAACAUUCACUAAUUUAAUAGUUAAUACUGAUACUACAACUGUUACCAAAUACACCGCUACCGUUACAUCUACAAUUUUCGGAACACCUCAUACUUUCGUCACUGUUGCAACCACUCCAAUUCCUAACCAGAACAAAGAGGUUGUUGAUACUGAAGCUGAAACCGAAGUUGAAACCCAAGUUGAAACCCAAGUUGAAACCAAUACAGAAACUGAAGUUUCAGCUGAAGUUGAGACUUUUGCUGAAACAACCAUAGUUGCCACUUUGCCAGAAACUACUUCAACCAGUCAAGGUAAUGAUGAAAUAAUUACUUCAGUCGAAACAUUGGUCAAUACUUAUGUUGAAACAAGUGCUUAUGCAAUCACAACUGUUACUCCAAGUACUUCAUCUAUCGCAUCAGCUUCUACCACCACACAGUUAGUUCCAAUUAAAACCAGUACACCUGCAACUAGUUCAUCCCAAACUGCUACAGGAACCAGUAGUACCGCAAGUUCAGCAACUACUUCAACAACCUCCAAUGAUCCAGCUCCAACAAUUACUGGUACUGUUGUUCCAAGUUCUACUGGUGGAUGGAUCUUAGGGAAUAUAACUACAAUUACUUCUAAUAGUGUUUGUAUUGUCAACUAUGAUUACUACAAUGCAUCAGAAUCUGAAGCAGACGAAACUACCACGAUAAUUUCAACGAUUUAUACCACUGUAACUAACACAUUAUACUAAUUGAUGUGAAAAUCUCUGGCCCUUAAAUCCUAUUGUUAACGAAGUUUAUGGUUUUUUAUAUUUUUAUUUUAGUUUAUCGUUGCUUACUUUCAGUUCUGUUUCAUUUAUGUAUAAUAGUUCCUCACAAGAGAAAUAUAGAGUUCUUGGUAGUCUGGUAUAGAAUGUUGUUUUGUUUGUUAUAACUACUAAACAUCAACAAUUCUUACUGAAUCACUAGGGUAUUAUUUAGACAAUUCCUUAAUUUUAAAUAAUUUUUGUAUACGUUUUUAUAACUAUUUUUGUAUCAAUAUAAUUUAAUUGCUGAUAUAUGCUCAUUAGGAAA